AUAAGCAAUCUAAAUUAUUUAAAAUCAUUUCGGCAUUGUGGAGUGUCAAUAGUAAAACAUGUCGUCGACGGCUUGGGACGAAAUCAAGCGGCUGGCUGCUGAUUUUCAGCGAGUUCAGCUCACUUCGUCACAUCAGAAAUUAUCAGAGCGCAAUUGCAUUGAAAUUAUCAGCAAGUUAGAGAAGCUUGGUCUUCUCAAAGUCUACCACACAAAUGAUGGGAAAGAGUACAUUACCCCGGAACAUCUUACUAAAGAGAUUGAAGAUGAGCUGUUUGUAUGCGGAGGUAGGGUGAACCUCACAGAGCUGGUCAAUGUACUUGGUGUUGAUCUCUCAAUAAUUGAAAAGCGAGCUGCUGCCCUAGCCAACAGACAGUCCUCAAAGACAUACCUUGUGCUAGGAAACCUUGUAUCAAAACAUUACCUUGAUACCAUUGCGGAGGAGAUAAAUGAGAGACUGAUGCAAGCUGGCUGUUUGAAUCUAGUGAACCUUGUAAAGAAGUAUGACCUUCCAGAAAAUUUCUUGUUGGAGGUAGGAGGCUUUUAA